ACGGUCCCGUCGUCUGUGCAUGGUGGCGACGCGACACGACGAGACGAGACGGGAGGGAUUCAUUGAUGCGAUGGAGCCGGCGACGGCGAGUAGGAUCGACCGGAAAUCGUCCAUAGAGAGCGAGCCCAGGACGCUGGGUGUCCAUCAGAUCCAAUUCGCGAGGGAAGCUGCGCAGUACGUGGUGAACACCAGGAGCAUAGAUGAAGCCUUCACCGUCUUCACCGCGGGAUUGAAGCCGGUGGUGACCGAGGGGACGGCGAAUGCCGACACGGCGAUGGAUCCGAACGAGGAGCAUUUCGGGCACGGAGAGAGUAAGUCGCAAUGUCCCGAACCCAGGAAUGUUCUAUCUGCUCCCUUUUAGAGUUGUCUGGCUAUCCUCGUUGUGCCCAUGGACUACUUCACAGUACGUUUUUGAUUGCGUGCUCUUUGUCCUUCUUGUAGAUCGAAACAUGUAACUUACAGUAACAGGUAUUAUGUA